AUGGAGACCGACCCAGUACACAAUCGCUACCGCUCUCGCAUUCUCAGGGAGAUGAAUGCCAACCGCGAAAACCCCUUCAACUCCCCGCCUUCCUCCACCGGCUCCCACGGCACUGUCAGCCCGACCAUGACUUCCGUCUUUUCAGACCCUGAUGGCGAGUCCACGCGCAGACUCAACGAAGAAAUCGCCCGCGUCACGAACCGUCACAACGGCAAGAUUCAAGUUGACUUGGAAGCUGCUCACCGCAAGUGGCCUGAAUUCUACGGCAAGCCCAAGAAAGCCGACACAAAAACUGACAAGGCCGCCACCAAGGCCAACGGAUCGCUACGCCGUAAAGAGGACGUAUCUCACAGGAGCAUCGUGCAAAAGUAUCUCUCUAAUCUUGACGACGAUACACAAGACGACAACACCUGGCAAGGUUCUAGGAGGACGCGCGCUGAGAUGCAGCCCCGCGUCGACAACGAGUCCGAUCUGUCGUCCAACAUCUCGAAAUCACCUUUCCGUUUCGACAUUAAUGCUGACAACUUCCGCUUCAACCCCGACCAACAACGACAUCAGAGCCCUCUCGCAAAGCACUCACGCACGGCCUCUGGUAACUAUAAGGCUGCCCGCCGGGCAUCCAUGGCUACUAAGAACGAACGCCGGAAAUCAGACUUCCUCGCCCCUCCAACGCAGGCAACGCCCAAGCCAGCACCAGUCGAGAACGCCCCAGCGAACAACGCUACACCCGUUACUUUCGAUACCAUUAAGAAUACAUUCCCAUCACCGGCGACGACCGACAGCCCCGCCCAGAAUAACGUCACUUCCCGGUCAUUCUUCAUGCCUGACAUCUCCCACCUCAAUGACUUUAUCUCUGGAAACCUCCGUUUCGACGGCGCGGUAAAGAACGGCGUGCCUGUCUUUGUGAAGAAUGGCCGCGUUCGUGAUCGCGUCGAGACCCUGCCGCCCAGGGAUCAUGCUGAGGUUGACGGUCUGGCGAUUCCCGAGGAUGAGGAGAAGAUGUUUGUAUCCCUGGAUAUGAUCCGGGACGAGAUUUGCAAUCUCCAAGAGCAUGACGAUCUGGUGCAGAGACAUGCGCUGGACCUCGAGGACCAGGUGGGCCAUCUGCAAAGCGAGCUCAAGCGAUUGAAGGGCCGCAAGGCGAAUGAUAGUGCCCUCGGCUCUCGGACAGAGUCGGAGCCUGAGACUGCCGCCAACGAGCGGUACAACACUGAGAGGACACAUAUCGAGUCCCAGUUGACGGCCCUCCAAUCCCGGCUUGACCAAGCGACCACCCGAAUCGGCAUUAGCGAGGUUGAGAACAACACUUUGUCACUCGAGAGAGAUCGGGCCUUGAAGAAGCUCUCAGAAGCUUGCGUCAACAUCGGCGAACUGAUGGACAAGAUUGAGAUGCAAGGCAAGGAGCUUCAUGAGACACAGGAGAAGCUUAACGCCACCCUGGAGAUCAACCACAACCGAGAAACCAUCCAGAAGACGUCGAGCUUCAAGCACAGCAACGACGUGUUGCAAGUGGACAACAAGUCUCUUCAGGCAGACAACCAGACCCUUCGCAGAGAACAAUAUUCUUUGCAACAAGAGCUGGAGGAGGUGCGAAAGGACAACAACAUCUUGCGUCGGGACCACGAGUCUCUCAUAGAGGAGAACAGGUCGCUGCGCAACAACAACCGGUCACUCAGAAGUGAGAUCGACGAACUUCGUCAAAUUGCCGAGACCUCCAAGGAAGACAUCCAAGCUGCUCAUGAGGAGGUUGAGGCUUUGCAGGUAGAACUUCAGACUCUUGAUCAGGAGAAGGGUAUUCUCAAGGAGGACAACGAUAGCCUCGUUCGCCACAACGAAAAAUACUUUACCGAGAACAAGCUUCUCCGUCGCGAAAACUCUGGCUUCGAGAAGAGCAUCCACGAUCUUCACGACGAGAACAUGCGCCUCAAGGAGGAAAUUGAGUUACUCAAGCAGCAACUUGACCACUGUCGCCCUCUGGGUAAGACCGAGGAGUUCUCCGCGCGCGUUGACAAGAACAAGGAAGCGGAGGACGAUGAAGAAGAGGAGGAGGAGGAGGAAAACAUGACCUCGGCAUUCUUCAUGCCUGACAUUACGAUUGACAGCACGCAGAACUCGAGAGUCAUCGACAUGACUGGCGAAAAGGAGACACCGAGACGUGCUACUCCUAGUAAGAGGACUCUUGAGAUCACCGAGACGACGGAGCAGACAGACCGCAGUAUCAACGACCAGGACACUUUCCAGAGCCAGCAGAGCUCAGUCGCCGAGUCUCGUCCCAAGACACGCCCGUCCACCUCUCGUGCCAGGAGCUCUUCGAGCCAAGGCCAGAAGGUCGCCUUCUCUCUGCCUGAUCGAUCUGCAUCAACCAGCAAAACCUCCAAGGCCUCGAAUGUCGCGAACAAGGGCAGCAAGAGGAGCAGCAACUCUCGCAUCACCUCCAAGAGCUCCCUCAAGAACGGCUCUGUCCCCGACCUGGAUCCCUUUCAGGCAGACGAUGAAGACAACAUGCAAUCGCCCGAACACACUCAAACUCAAUCCAUUGUUCUCGAUGUGAAGAGCCGGAAGGAGGGUUCCUCGAAGUCUCGUACUGUUCGCCAGGAGACGACGAACACCACACGCAACUUGACCAGCCAGAGCCAGAAGAGCGUGUCGGUUAAGUCUUCUGCCAAGCCCUCCCAGAACAAGUCGACGACAAUCGACCUGAUCACCCAAGGCGGACUGGACAACACGACCACCGAAAUCAAGGGCAACUGCCCUGGUCUGUCGUCUGAUGCGCGCCGUGUUCUGGAUAGCUUGUCGGGACACAGCUGCACCAACUGCAUUGUUUGCACCCGCAUCAAGGCUCAUCGAGGAACGGUUACUGCGGCCGAUAUCGCCGAGGGCAAGAAGCGCAUCAAGAUUUCCCGGCCAGUUCCUCCCUCGGAACAGUACAAGCAGUUGGGUAUGUCAACAGAGGACAACACUGUACGACCCUCUCAGGCCCCUGGACACGCUCUGGCAAAGGUCAUCAAGGGACUGGAGGACGAAUUGGAGCACAUGAAGAUGGACAGGGCGAAGAAGCAAGCUCGAUACGACGGCCACAACCCCGCCCUCAGCGAGACCAAGCGCAAGCAGUUGUACGCAGAUAUCCAGGUCAUGAUGACGACCGAGGAGGUCAAGAAGGGCCAGAUUUACGCCCUCUACGACGUUUUGGAGGGUCAGAAGCAGGUCGGGCAGGACAUGUCAGAUGAAGAGCUCGACGUGACCGUAUUUAGCAUUACAGGACUGAGCGUCAGAGAGAUUACGGAGCAGAUUACUUGGGAGGGCAUUCAGGGAUAG